AUGCAAGUCGAGGUCGGCGCAACUAGGCUGCGACUAUUCCGGUCGGUGAACAUCUCUAAUUGGGCGGCGCCGGCGGCCAGCAGAGUCGUCGGGAACGAGAGGGAGGCGGAGCAGAACUGUCUGGCGCUGCUUCAGGCCAGCGAUUCUUUCUCAAAAUUAUGUCAAGCUCAAGCCCACCUUAUCAAAUUCGGCCUCAAUAACAAUCCCCUGGUUCUCACCAAGUUUGCCGGUACUUCCGCUGAUCUGAAAGUAAUCGAUUACGCUUCAUCUUUCUUGUUCUCCCCAGAGUCAGAUACCCGUCUCUACGAUGCUUUCCUCUUCAACACCGUCAUCAGAGGCUACGCUCGGGGCAGCAUUGAUUCGAAAGCCAGAGCUAUACAUAUUUACAGCCUCAUGUUCGAGUACGGUGUUUUCCCCAAUAAAUACACGUACCCGUUUGUUCUCAAGGCCUGCGCGGCGAUUCAGGACUUGAAGUUGGGGAAAUCGGUUCAUGGGUCGGUGUUGAAAUUCGGGUUUGAUGAUGACAUCCAUGUUCAGAACACGUUGGUUCACAUGUACUGUUGUGAUACACACGGGAUCGACUCUGCUCGCAAAGUGUUCGAUGAAAUGUCCAAGUGGGAUUGUGUUACUUGGAGCGCGAUUAUCGGUGGAUACGCUCGGUUAAAGAUGUCUGCAGAUGCAGUCCAAUUGUUUAGGGACAUGCAGAGUCAUCGAGUUCGCCCGGAUGAGAUCACCAUGGUUGCAGUUCUCUCAGCGUGCACAGACUUGGGCUCUCUUGAACUAGGCAUAUGGGUUGAAUCUUGUAUCGAAGAAGAGAUGAUCCAAAAGAACACCGAGCUCUACAACGCAUUGAUCGACAUGUUUGCCAAGUGUGGUGAUGUCGAUAAAGCCGUUGUGCUCUUCAGGAGCAUGGAUGAGAAAAGAAGUAUAAUCUCCUGGACCUCAGUCAUCGUUGGUCUAGCAAUGCAUGGUCGAGGGACAGAGGCUGUUGCUCUAUUCGAGGAGAUGGUAGGAAGCGGUGUAGCACCAGACGGUGUUGUGUUCAUUGCCUUGCUCUCCGCUUGCACUCACUCAGGCUUGGUAGAACAAGGAAGAGAGUACUUUGAAUCAAUGAGAGCCAUUUAUGGGAUUGAACCCAAGAUCGAGCAUUAUGGUUGCAUGGUGGAUAUGUUAUGCAGGGCAGGGCUAGUUAAAGAGGCGUUUGAGUUCGUUCAGGAGAUGCCUAUUGAACCUAACCCCAUCAUUGGGCGUACUUUGAUCAAUGCCUGUCGCGCCCACGGGGAGCUGAAGCUCGGCGAGGAGAUCAGCGCGCAACUGAUAAAGAAUGAUCCCCUGUAUGAGUCCAAUUAUGUACUGCUCUCGGAUAUUUAUGCUAAAAUGUCUGAUUGGGAGAAGAAGAGAAGUGUUAGAGAGGCGAUGGAGAAGAAGGGGAUGAAGAAGAUCCCUGGAAGAAGUCAGAUUGAAUUGGAGAACGAGAUUCAUAAAGUUGUCCCACAGUUGUAG